CCCAGACUCUGGAGAAUGUCAAAGGCGGUGACUCAGAGCCUCGGGGAAAAGCCUCUGCCUUUGACAGAUGUGUCUGGUGCUUGGGUCCUGUUCCACUCCUGCCCCUUGGACGCAGCCGCCGAUCUCUCAUUAGCUCUGGAGGGAGUCGGUGCCACUGCUGCUAGUGUGGAGACUGCUUCCUGGGAUCCAUCGUCCCAGGGGGUUCUCAGCUACCGGCAGCCCAGUGAUUCUUCAGGAGGCUGCUGGUACCACCGCUCUAAUGUAAGGCACACCACCCUGGGCCCUUACUUCGUCCCGACGCUAAUGAGACAGCCAGCGGGCAUGGAGUGGACCCAAGGCCUUGCAGAUCCUGGCUCCACAGAGAGAACAGCCCAGAAAAGAAAGUUCCCCAGCCCUCCGCAUUCUUCCAAUGGCCACUCGCCACAGGACACAUCCACAAGCCCCAUUAAAAAGAAAAAGAAACCCGGCUUACUGAACAAUAACAAUAAGGAGCAGUCAGAACUAAGACAUGGUCCGUUUUACUAUAUGAAGCAGCCACUCACCACAGACCCUGUUGAUGUUGUACCGCAGGAUGGACGGAAUGAUUUCUACUGCUGGGUUUGUCACCGGGAAGGCCAAGUCCUUUGCUGUGAGCUCUGUCCCCGGGUUUAUCACGCUAAGUGUCUGAGACUGACAUCGGAACCAGAGGGGGACUGGUUUUGUCCUGAAUGUGAGAAGAUUACAGUAGCAGAAUGCAUCGAGACUCAGAGUAAAGCCAUGACCAUGCUCACCAUCGAACAGUUAUCCUACCUGCUCAAGUUUGCCAUUCAGAAAAUGAAACAGCCAGGGACAGAUGCAUUCCAGAAGCCUGUUCCCUUGGAACAGCAUCCUGACUAUGCGGAAUACAUCUUCCAUCCUAUGGACCUUUGUACAUUGGAAAAGAACGCUAAAAAGAAAAUGUAUGGAUGCACAGAGGCUUUCCUGGCUGAUGCGAAAUGGAUUUUGCACAACUGCAUCAUUUACAAUGGAGGAAAUCACAAAUUGACACAGAUAGCAAAAGUAGUCAUCAAAAUCUGUGAGCAUGAGAUGAAUGAAAUUGAAGUAUGUCCAGAGUGUUACCUAGCUGCUUGCCAAAAACGAGACAACUGGUUUUGUGAGCCUUGUAGCAAUCCACAUCCUUUGGUCUGGGCAAAACUGAAGGGGUUUCCAUUCUGGCCUGCAAAAGCUCUGAGGGAUAAAGAUGGGCAGGUUGAUGCUCGUUUCUUUGGACAACAUGACAGGGCCUGGGUUCCAAUAAAUAAUUGCUACCUCAUGUCUAAAGAAAUUCCUUUUUCUGUGAAAAAGACGAAAAGCAUCUUCAACAGUGCAAUGCAAGAGAUGGAGGUGUAUGUGGAGAACAUCCGCAGGAAGUUCGGGGUCUUUAACUACUCUCCCUUCAGGACGCCCUACACCCCCAAUAGCCAGUACCAAAUGCUCCUCGACCCCAGCAACCCCAGUGCCGGAGCUGCCAAGAUCGACAAGCAGGAGAAGGUCAAGCUCAACUUCGACAUGACGGCGUCCCCCAAGAUCCUGAUGAGCAAGCCCAUGCUGAGUGGGGGUGCGGGCCGCAGGAUCUCCCUGUCGGAUAUGCCCCGCUCCCCCAUGAGUACAAACUCUUCUGUGCACACGGGCUCUGAUGUGGAGCCGGACGCUGAGAAGAAGGCCACCUCGAGCCACUUCAGUGCCAGUGAGGAGUCCAUGGACUUCCUGGACAAGAGCACAGCUUCACCAGCCUCUGCGAAGACGGGACAAGCAGGGAGUUUAUCUGGCAGCCCGAAAACUUUCUCCCCUCAAGCAUCAACACCCAUCACCACGAAAACGGACAAAACCUCCAGUACUGGAAGCAUCCUGAAUCUUAACUUGGAUCGGAGCAAGGCCGAGAUGGACCUGAAGGAGCUGAGCGAGUCAGUCCAGCAGCAGACAGCGCCUGUUCCCCUCAUCUCGCCCAAGCGGCAGAUCCGGAGCAGGUUCCAGCUCAAUCUUGACAAGACCAUAGAGAGUUGCAAAGCACAAUUAGGCAUAAAUGAAAUCUCGGAAGAUGUUUACACGGCCGUAGAGCACAGCGAUUCGGAAGAUUCCGAGAAGUCUGAUAGUAGCGAUAGUGAGUAUAUCAGUGACGAUGAGCAGAAGUCCAAGAAUGAGCCAGAAGACGCAGAAGACAAAGAGGGUAGCCAGGUGGACAAAGAGCCAUUGGCUGUCAAAAAAAAGCCCAAAUUGGCCAGCCCGGUGGAGACUAAGGAAGAGCUGAAAAGCACAUCACCGGCCAGCGAGAAAGCGGAUCCGGGCUCAGUGAAGGAAAAGGCAAGCCCCCCGCCUGAGAAGGACUUUUCAGAGAAAGCGAAAGCCUCCCCUCAUUCCACAAAGGAUAAACUGAAGGGGAAGGAUGAGACCGAUUCCCCAACGGUACAUUUGGGCCUGGACUCCGAUUCAGAAAGUGAACUUGUCAUAGAUUUAGGAGAAGACCAUUCUGGGCGGGAGGGUCGUAAAAAUAAGAAGGAACCCAAAGAAACAUCUCCCAAGCAGGAUGUCGUAGGUAAAGCUCCACCAUCCACUACAGCGGGCAGCCAGUCCCCACCCGAAACUCCACUCCUCACCCGCUCCUCCUCCCAAACUCCCACGGCUGGUGUCACAGUCACCACCAGCACCACGUCCACCGUCACAGCCCCGGCCACCACUGCCACCGCCGCUGCCGCCGCUGCCACCACCGCCGCCGCCACGGCCGCCGCCGCCGCCGCCGCCACGGGGAGCCCAGUGAAAAAGCAGAGGCCGCUUUUACCGAAGGAGACUGCCCCGGCCGUGCAGCGGGUCGCGUGGAACUCGUCAACUGUCCAACAGAAGGAGAUCACGCAGAGCCCAUCCACCUCCACCAUCACCCUGGUGACCAGCACUCAGUCAUCACCCCUGGUCACCAGCUCAGGGUCCACGAGCACCCUCGCAUCCUCGGUCAGUGCAGACCUGCCCAUCGCGACCGCCUCUGCUGACGUCGCUGCGGACAUUGCCAAGUACACUAGCAAAAUGAUGGAUGCGAUAAAAGGAACGAUGACAGAGAUCUACAAUGAUCUUUCUAAAAACACUACGGGAAGCACGAUAGCCGAGAUUCGCAGGCUGAGGAUCGAGAUAGAGAAGCUACAGUGGCUGCACCAGCAGGAGCUCUCGGAAAUGAAACACAACCUAGAGCUGACCAUGGCGGAGAUGCGGCAGAGCCUGGAGCAGGAGCGGGACCGGCUCAUGGCCGAGGUGAAGAAGCAGCUGGAGCUGGAGAAGCAGCAGGCGGUGGACGAGACCAAGAAGAAGCAGUGGUGCGCCAACUGCAAGAAGGAGGCCAUUUUCUACUGCUGCUGGAACACCAGCUAUUGUGACUACCCUUGCCAGCAGGCCCACUGGCCCGAGCACAUGAAGUCCUGUACCCAGUCAGCUACGGCCCCUCAGCAGGAAGCAGAUGCCGAGGUGAACUCAGAGACACUAAACAAGCCAUCGCAGGGGAACUCUUCCAGCACUCAGGCCGCCCCCACGGAAACAGCCAGCACCUCGAAAGAGAAGGAGGCGCCAGCGGAGAAAAGCAAGGACAGCGGGUCGACCAUUCCCGGAGCAGUAAGUCUAGUUGCUGGAGCAGCAGCGACGAGAAGCGAGGACCCACACGCUCCGAGCACAACGCCAGCUCCAGUUCGAAGAGUCUCCUCCCGAAAGAGUCUCGGCUGGACACCUUCUGGGACUAGGGACAAGUCACGACACAAGCCACCCACGCCAUGGAGGAAAAAAAAAACAGACACCAGGGCAAUAGGAAGCAACAAAGAAACGUGAAACAGGAGAGCAGCCACCUUCAGACUGGAGAGCGCCAGACACGCAGACUUGGCCUUCGCCCUUGGCACGGAGGGCGGCCUACACUACAUAGCGUCCGGCAUUAGCAUCGACUAAGGACUGUUGGACCCACACGAAACCUAUGCUUUAGGUGUAAAUAAUGUACAAUUUGUGGAUGUCCUUGAACCUAGAGUACCUUCCCCUUUUUAUAUUUGUAUUGACUUUAACUUAUAAAAAAAAAAAAGGAAAAAGAACAACAAUUAAAAAAAAAAUAAACCCAACAACGAAAAGAAUGUUUGGACGUUGGAGGAGGGAUGGUCGUUCAGCCCCUCUGUCACCGCAGCAUGGAGCCUGGGUCCUGGGAUUGUGUGGCACACAGGCCCUCAUCCAUGGGUGCCGCGGGGGGACACGAGCCAUUGGCGUUCAGGCGUCUGUAUGCAGCGCAUCGGGACCAGGGGUUGGGCACAGGUUCUGUGCUGUUGUGGGCACAUCCCAUCAAGCCAUCGGCCCUUUUCUGAUACUAUGUUCCUGUGUUACGCGACGCCAGCUCUCAGGACCAGAAGGACACCUGGAGAAGCUAGUUUAUUUUGUGUGGUUUCAAUGAUGACUACUCCUAAAAGGGAAGAAAAAAGGGCCUUGUUUCCAGAAAACGGAAGCAAACCCCAUUCCACUCCACCGCAGGAGAGGACGGAGAAAGCAUGAGGGUCGUAAGCUCCGAAACAAAGAGAAAUCUUUUCUUUGCUUUGUGGUUCCUUUUUAAACACACUCACACAUACUUGGUAAGUGAUGCUGUGCUGCUUGGAAGCCAUCACUCAGAGGCCAGAUGCACGCAGAGGACAUUGGAGUCUGGGAUGAAAGGCAUGUAUGUAUUAUUUAUACGAUGGAAUUUUACGUUUUUAUGUAAGCAUGAAACAAAGGCAGUGUGAGAGAAAGCAAGACCUCGGCCGUGCUGUCUGUCACACUACAUGUACUGUAGUACCAUUUUGUAUGUUGUGUAAAACAAAAAGCAUUGAACAAAGCAAAAGGUGAUGUAUGUAUAUGAGAAAAUUAAUUGUACGAUAUCAUUCCAGUACAUUCUGUUGUACAUUUUAGUCCUGUUUACUUUCUCUUCGUUGUUGAUAAGAGGAUGCAAACUGUGUACAGUUUCCAGCUAGUUCCCCAUAUUAGAGAAGAACUACACAGAGUAUUAGAAGAAAAAAGAGAGAAAGAACAUUUGUGAAUUGCAGUUGUCAAAAAAAAAAUAGCCUAGCUGGCCUUAUUUGUGAAGCAUAAUUGCUUUUAGCAUAUGGAAGUAUUUUUUCACAUUUUCUUUGUAUAAAAUUUGUAUUAAACUUAAAUAUCUUUUUUGAUGAUGGUGUUUCUUUGUGACUGAGCCAGUGGACUCGCACCGUUAUGCUCUUUUGGGUUCUGCCCCUCCCCCGCCCCUCCCCUUUUUUUUCAGAUUCUUCACCUUUUUUUAAUUAAACUGUUUUUGGAAAAAUGG